UGUGGGUGUUUGUUUUGCCUUAGCCUUUCACUAGCUUCAUUUGACAAAAAAGCUUUAGGUCAACAAGUUAAAAUGGAUAAAACCAGAAGUCGUGCUGGGAGAAGAGCGAGGAAAAAGCGACGGAAAAAACAGGAGCAUGUCUCCAAAGUUACUCUGACACAUGAAGCUCAGUUUGUUUAUUUGAGAAGAUGGUUGAAAGAAAGAGGUUUUACCUCACAGUCUCUCAUCCCUGUCAACUUCCAUGAUACAGGAAGGGGACUCAUGGCAACUCACCAUAUAAAGGCGAAUGGUAAGGUGAUUUCCUUACCUGAGAAUUGCUUAUUGACCACCAGCACUGUUCUUAGGAGUUACAUGGGAGACUACAUAAAGAGAUGGCAUCCUCCAAUAUCUCCCCUCCUGGCUCUUUGUUGUUUCCUCAUUGCCGAGAGACAUCGUGGAGAUGCAUCCGAUUGGAGUCCCUAUAUUAACAUCCUCCCUAAGUCCUACACAUGCCCUGUGUACUUCCCACGUGACAUCACUGACCUCUUGCCUUCAAGUCUCCAGAAAACUGCCUUGGAGCAGAAAGAGCGGUUUCAGGAACUCUACUCUUCUUCUAUUAUGUUCUUCCACUCUCUCCAGCCACUCUUCAGCCAGCCUGUGGAGAAGCUGUUUACCAUCCAUGCACUGCGGUGGGCUUGGUGUAGCAUUAACACUCGUACAGUGUACAUGGAGCAUGCACACAGCAACUAUCUUUCCAGGGAGAAGGACAUCUAUGCACUUGCACCAUACCUUGACCUGCUUAAUCACUGUCCUAAAGUCCAAGUUGAAGCUGGCUUCAACAAACAAACUCGCUGCUAUGAGAUUAGAACUGUCCAAGGCUGUAAGAAGUUCCAGCAGACAUUCAUCAGCUAUGGUCCUCAUGACAACCAUAGACUGCUUUUGGAAUAUGGCUUUGUUGCUCCUGAAAAUCCCAACAGUGUAGUCUAUGUUGAAUUGGGAACUCUAAAAUUGUGUCUAGAUGAAAAAGACAAACAACUAGCACAAAAACUAUUCCAUCUAAAGGAAAACAAUUUUUUAAGAAACCUGACCUUUGGGUUGGAUGGCCCUUCCUGGCGACUGAUGACUGCACUCAGACUACUCUCCCUGAAACCUGAGCAAUACUGUAGCUGGAAGAGUGUCCUCUUGGGGGCAGCGGUGAGCCAGGACAGGGAGGAAUGGUGCAUUAACUCUGCCUUAAAGCUUUGCAAUGACCUCACCGAUGACAAUGUCAAAGCACUAGUGAGGUCUUUUCAUUUGUACAGCUAUCUCGGCUUAAACAGGGUUCAGACCUGUCUCGCUUAGAACAGCUAAGUGUGGUGGAGAGCCUGAGACGAGAGGAGAAAAGGAUUCUGGAACACACAAGAGAAGUUCUACAAAACCUCCAGAGACAAUAGUCACCG